ACAGCCAAACCUCGACCUCCAGCUCCAGCAGCUAGCAAAUCAAAGCAAAGCAACCGUGUGUUGCGACUUUGAAACCUGUCACGCUGAAGCAAGAGGCACGCAUCACACUACAAGUUGUCAUCACACCAGCAAAGCCAAAACUACGAGUAAAUCAAUCAGUGGGAGAGGAUUAAGAUGAUGAUGAUCUGUCUCUUAGGCCUCCAUCACGCCCGUUAAUUCCCUUUCAGGCUGGUCUUCGCCUACCUGUUGCUGCUGCUCCUCCAUCAAAUACCCCCAUUCCCUCUCCUCUCUGCUACUACUAUACCUCCUUCUUGUUCCUUUCUUCAGACAAAGGCUUUGCCUUUCCUUCCUCUUCCACCAUCCUGCCACAAGAAGCAAGAACCUCUCUUAAUUUGAGCAAGAAACCAUUCGUCACAUCAACGGAGGAAGCAGCUAUAGUUUGAUUGAUUGGUUGAUCGAUCGAUGCUGGGCGGCGGCAAGAUGAAGGGUGGGGAGACGAUGGGCGGCGGCGGCGGCAGCGGCAGCAGCAGCAUUAGCCCGCUGGUGUCGUUCGUGCUGGGCGCCGCCAUGGCCACCGUCUGCAUCCUCUUCGUCAUGUCCGCCAGCCCGGGACGCCGCCUCGCUGACAUCUCCGCCUGGAGCAACGCCGACGACGCGCCGCCGCUGCCGCUCCCGUUGCAGGACGCCGCCGUCGACUCCAACGACUCGCUGGCCGCCGCCGCCGCCGCCAACGUCACCGUCGUUGCUGCUCCGGCUCCCGCCCCCGUCCAGGCUCCGGCGCCGGCGUCCCCUUACGGCGACCUGGAGGAGGUGCUCCGGCGAGCGGCGACCAAGGACAGGACGGUGAUCAUGACGCAGAUCAACCUGGCGUGGACGAAGCCGGGGUCGCUGCUGGACCUCUUCUUCGAGAGCUUCAGGCUCGGGGAGGGCGGCGUGUCGCGGCUGCUGGACCACCUGGUGAUCGUCACCAUGGACCCCGCGGCGUACGAGGGGUGCCAGGCGGUGCACCGCCAUUGCUACUUCCUCCGCACCACCGGCGUCGACUACCGCUCCGAGAAGAUGUUCAUGAGCAAGGACUACCUCGAGAUGAUGUGGGGUCGCAACAAGUUUCAGCAGACCAUCCUUGAGCUCGGCUACAACUUCCUCUUCACGGAUGUGGACGUGAUGUGGUUCAGGGACCCGUUCAGGCACAUAUCAAUGGGAGCAGACAUCGCCAUCUCCAGCGACGUGUUCAUCGGCGACCCCUACAGCCUCGGCAACUUCCCCAAUGGCGGCUUCCUGUUCGUGCGAUCCAACGACAAGACCCUCGAUUUCUACCGGAGUUGGCAGCAAGGGAGGUGGCGAUUCUUCGGGAAGCACGAGCAGGACGUGUUCAACCUGAUCAAGCACGAGCAGCAGGCGAAGCUGGGCAUCGCCAUCCAGUUCCUCGACACCACCUACAUCAGUGGCUUCUGUCAGCUCAGCAAGGAUCUGAACAAGAUCUGCACGCUCCAUGCCAACUGCUGUGUUGGCCUCGGCGCCAAGAUGCACGACCUCCGAGGCGUCCUCGACGUCUGGAGGAACUACACGGCGGCGCCGCCCGACGAGCGGCGCUCGGGCAAGUUCCAGUGGAAGCUCCCCGGCAUCUGCAUCCACUGAUCGAUCGAUCGAUCAUAUGUUCAUAUGCAUAUACACGCAGCGUUCAGCAUUGCUGGAUUGCCUUGGCUGCUUGGUUAAUUUAGCUAGGCGAUCGCUCGACUGCAGGCCGGUUAAUUUCUCGAGCUGCCAAAUUCUUUCUCCUCAAUUAUUAGUUGCGCCGAUUCUUUUUGUCAAGUUAGGAAAAUCUAUAUAUUAAGUUAUUACAUCAUAUAUUUAUACGUACGUACGUACGUACGUAUGUAUACAGAUUAAUUCUAGCAUGCUUGUAUCCCGGAGCUCCUCUGUAAAGAUAAAAGAAUGCAUCAGCUUUGCAUCAAUCAUCAA